AUGGCCCUGGAAGCAGCUGUUCGUGCUACCGGAUUGAACAAGUACAAGCUUGUCUUCCUCGGGGAACAAGCUGUGGGCAAGACUUCCGUCAUUACCCGUUUCAUGUAUGAUACUUUUGACAACAACUACCAGGCAACGAUUGGCAUCGAUUUUUUGAGCAAGACCAUGUAUCUGGAGGAUCGAACAGUCCGGUUGCAGCUGUGGGACACCGCGGGCCAGGAACGCUUUCGCAGCUUGAUUCCCAGCUACAUCCGCGAUUCUUCAGGUGCCAUUGUCGUCUACGAUAUCACAAAUCGCGCUUCAUUCCUCAACACCUCCAAGUGGAUUGAGGAUGUCCGCAGCGAGAGGGGGAACGAUGUCGUAAUCAUUCUUGUUGGCAACAAGACUGACUUGGCAGACCGACGGCAAGUCUCCACAGAAGAGGGCGAGGAAAAGGCCAAGGAGAAUGGCGUCAUGUUCAUCGAGACGAGUGCAAAGAUGGGUACGAACAUCAAGGGCCUCUUUCGACAACUGGCGCAGGCUUUGCCUGGGCAGGACGAGGCCCCCAAUGUUGAUAUGGCAACGCAGCCAACAGUUCAGCUGGAUCCCGAGCUGCUCGUGCUGAAAAUUGAAGGACUGUCAGUGCCAGAGACUGUGCAGGGCCUGCUUGGUGCUGACUUCUCGACUGUGCCACUGGCGACUGUGCAUGAAAACGCGCGCGGUUCCAUUGCCU